GUGAGCUUGUUCUGCUGGUAAGGUUGAUAAAGCGCCGCCAUCUUUGCUACAGACUCAGAGCUCCCAGCCAAGGCGCCACGCAAACCGCGGUGAAAGUGUCUGUCGGGCACAAGGCGAUCGAGGAGCCGCUUUCAAACCCCUGGCUGCGACUCUCCAAAGCCUUCAUCCCAACUCACCUCUUUAUCUCUGGCUGCUACCGCCUGCGAUUUUCUGCCCAAACAUGAAUGCGGAGCGCGCCACUUAGUCCUGCGCCUACGAACCUGCGCUAAGGCGCAAUCCAACGACAGUCUUCUCAACGAGAGCCCUUCUGGAUCGAGACAUCGCUUUCUAACGUCGUAACCUAGCUCCUACUUUGCUAGCUUUUCCCAAACACACAGCUCGCGAAGCUACACCGCCCGCCCCGCCCCCCCUCCGUGCUCCGGCUUCUAGAUCCCCGGCUCGCGCUCACCAGCCACGCUGCCGGGCUGCUACUCGUAUCAAGUCUCGCUAUCACGACCUCGCCCGUUCUGCCGACCGCUCCUGCACAUGGAAGCCCCGCCACCCGCCAACGGCAUGGGCGGCGGCGGUGGCCUCGGGGCCGCCGAGGCCGAGGCCGUGCCCAAGAUCCAUGACGCCCUGAACCUGAUCUACAACCCGCAGUCUACAAACGAAUCUCGCCGCGAGGCUCAGGAUUUCCUAGAGGGCGUCAAGACGCUGAGCCAGUCGCCCUCGGUGGGCUUUAACCUGGCCGCUGUCAAGGCCAACUCGCCCAUCGUCCGCCACUACGGCCUCUCGCUUCUCGAGCACGCCAUAAAGCACAAAUGGGCCGAAUACUCGCCGGACCAGCUGGGCUACCUGCGCGGCUGGGUGUUGCAACUAGCUGAGGGCGUCGGGAGGGAGGACCAGCUCUACAUCCGAAACAAGAUUGCUCAGCUCUGGGUCGAGGUCGCAAAGCGGUGCUGGGGCCCGGACUGGCUGCAGAUGGACGACCUCCUCGUGCGCCUGUGGAGCAUCCCCGGUCCCACCGUUCACAAAGAGCUCGUCCUCUUUAUCCUCGAGUCGCUGUCGGACGAGAUCUUUGGCGGCGGCGACGACCCCGUGGUGGCCAUGCGCGAGAACAUCCUCAACAAGAUCUGCGUCGACAUCUUCACCCCCGUCGCUGUCCUGACUGAGCACUUUCCCACCAGGUCCGUCGUCCAGAACGUCAGGUCCGGUGAAGAGGGCUGGAUUGUGCGCGUGUCCCUGCUGCUGGGUGACUGUCUCGGUGGUGAUGUCCAGAACAACGAGGACAUCCGCGCGUGCGCCACCAGAGCGCUCUCCACCCUCCAUUCGGUCAUGCCCUGGGCCAUCCCCCAGGCCCUGUCAAGCUCCGGUUGCGUUGGGCUCAUGUGCAACGCCCUAGCAGCGCCUCACGUUGCUGUGCAGAAGGCUUCGCUCGAGGCUCUGCAUGCUCUGUAUGCCCGUACCAGCUUUGUCGACGAUGAUUUUGUGAACCUGGUUGUGCCCAUGUAUGACCCAAAGUUUGUCGACCUGGCCAGGAAACUCUUUGAGUGGUCGUCCGCGGUGGACCCGGAGGACAUUGACGACGACAAGUACCAGUUUGCCAAGAAGUUUUCAGAAAUGAUCUCAUGCUUAGGCAACUAUCUCGACAGGAGAACCUCGAGUCUGCCCGAGGAUAUCCCUCUGCAGGGCUUCUUUGACUUCUUGGGCGAGGUCCUUGGGAGCCAGAGCUUGGUGGUAUCGAUCCCUGUUCUCGUCACCUGGACCAGGCUCCUGCACAACUCCAAGUUUGGGCCCACGAUAGCUAGCACAGCCUUGCUUGGCCAUCUGCUGAACGUUUGCAGCUCUCGGCUUAUCCAAUAUGAAAGCCUACCCGAAGAUACGAGAGACCCCACGUACCUUUUCCUGAUAGAGGACACCGACACCCCUCCUGAGAGACACGCCUUCCUGGGCAACUACCGUCGGUAUAGCUCCCAGGUCAUUGAGAGCAUCGUGCAGCUGAAGCUGGUUGAUGCUUUCCAACACAUACUCGGUCAGGCCGACGAUGUGCUGAAUAACCUCUAUGCCGGAAAGGCCCUGGACGUGGCGAGCUACAAUAAAAACUCGAUGGAGACUCUUAGCGUGGAUGCGCGAUUCACCGUCAUUGAGUCGGCCCUCAAGGGCUACGUUAAGUGGCGACAAGGCGUAGACCCAGAUUCCCAGGCGGAUCAACAACAAAAGUCGACGCUCGAGGAGAGCUUCGAGUCAUGGUGCAACCGCCUACUAGAAAGGCAGAUGGAGGAUCCGGUGAUCCGGAAGCGGACACUGCAGCUCCUGGUCGCAUUUUCGACCACGGCACUGGACAAGAAUGCAGGUUUUAUGCUGAAGGUGCUAGAGCAUAUCCUUGUGACUUGGCCUGCUCCACAACCAGAACACAAGCUGUUGAACGAAGCCAUCAAGGAUCUGCAGUCAGAGAGCAUGGUCGAGCUGCAGAGGUUGGCCUCAAAGAUGCCUGACCAUCUUCUGGACGUCUACGACCAGAUCGCUGCCAAGGUCAAUGAGAUGAUCUCUUCGGGGACACUGGACGAGAAGCGGCAGCUUGCCUACCAGUCGUUCCUGUUCAUCAUCAUCCAUCGCGCCUCCAAGCUGGAUCAGCAGUCCAGGAUCUUGAGGCUAGAGCCGUUCAUCAACCCAGUUAAGGCACUGUGGAACAACGAGGGCUUGCAGCAGGCUUUGUCGUCAUAUACCGGGUUCUGUGAGCUGAUGGCUCUGGACAAGGCCCAGCAAUACCUGGUCCGCAAAGAGGUUCACAAAAUCGCCGACUGGGGCUCAGUCCAGCUGGAUGCAGAGGGUCUGGCGCUGCAGGCAGAGCUAGAAGAGCGCCAUGGGAUGCUACCAUUACGGCCAACCAAGACCUUCUUGACUUACUCGGUCGAGAAGCUCGACAAGCACACGCCGCCUUACGAGGCCUCUUGUGCUCUGUGGCAGGAUGGGUUCCCCAUCAUCCUGCCGCAUCUACUACAGCUUCUCAAACACGCACACGCCUGCCACAAUCAGAACAACUGGGCCAUGCUGCCGCAGGAGAUGCAGUCCAUCGUGGGGCGUGUACUCGCGGACAGGUUUUGGCAGGCAGGAAUAUCCGAGGGCAGCAAGGACGAGUUCUACGCUCGAGUCGUGGACAAGAAGUCCACCCUCGAGGGACUUGCCUCGUCGAUCCGCGGGUCGGUGCGGUUCGUGCGCGACACGUGCUACGCCAUUCUCUUCUGCAUGAGCCGACUUGAUGUCCAGUUCUACGGCUUCGAGGAGCUCCCCGGACCUCUCUCGUUGGCGCUCUUUGCGGACUCGGUGUGCUUGUCGACGCACCAAAUAGUCAACCUCCUCAACUUGGUGCGGUAUCUGGUGGAUCACUGCCCGGUGCAGCUCCGGGGCCAUUUCCUGCCUCCGCUGCUGGCAGCGUGUUUUCAGCAGAUGGACACCAAGAUCAACUCGGAGUGGGAAAAACUUGGGUUCCAGCAGGGCGUCCAGUCGGGUGGGGAUGAGCUGACGGAGGAGAUGAAGGCCGAGAGCAUCCUGCGACAGCUGACAUACACGGCGGUUGUCAUGGUGGCUGAUUUCCUGGAUCCUCAGAGGACAAAUCCCGAAGCUUCUGGACCGUCAGCUCCGCAUCCUCAGGCGUUCCCAACGCUCCGCAAGUUCUGUCUGAUGCAGUCGGCAAUAGUGGAGCCACUUCUCCUGUUCUGCGUGCACGCAAUACGCAUGCGCGACAGCAGGUGUUGCGGAGUGGUGCUGCGAGUCUUUCGCUACAUUGUGCCCGAGUUCUCUACCUCGGAGCGUCGGGCGCAGGACAGCGGAAACGGCCCUUCGCCAGCGACUAAGGGACACGUCCCAGACGAGUUUCCGAUCCCCCAAGAGACGGCCGGGGCGAUCCGCGAGUUCGUCUCUUCCGAGGUGCUGAUGGCGUGCAUCACGUCGAUGCAUGAGCCAUACUUUGUCGACCUGCAAAAGGAGCUUGCGGCUCUCAUCGCGUCCAUCCUGGCACACUACUGUGCGUUCACCGAGACGCCCAAGCGGGUGCUGCUCUCGCUGCCGGGGCUCAAGGAGGUCGACGUGGUCACGGCCAUCGAGUACGUGUCGCGGCCAGGCCUCAACCCUCGGCAGCAGCGCGCCGUAGUGCUGGACCUCCUCAAGGAUCUCAAGGGCGUCAGCGUGUCUGAGAUGGGAAAGCUCAGCAGGGCCGGCGGAUUCGGCGGCGAGUCGGGUCGCGGCGGCAAGAAGGCGGGCCGUUCCAAGAUGGCGCAGGAGUUUAUGACGGCGCCUGUGCUCGGGUCCAACGCUGGCGGCGUAGCAGGGCAAGGGGCAGCUCGAGGGAACAGCCCUGACCUGGAGGGUGUGGCCGGCCUGUUCAACGAACAACGCCAAUAGGAGCUGGCUUGUAUAGUAAAUACUUGGCUGUCGCACGCGCGCUAUCCUCCAGAAGCGUGAUGCUGCGGAUGGCAGCUUAGCUCCCGCCUCGAGCCAUGCGCGCGGACUGCGGGUUCCGGGUCAGGCGCAGUGUUGGGGAAAGCAAGGCAACUUUGCAGAAUUUAUUGAGCCCCUUUUACGCCGCGUACAUGUUGGUUUGACCUGGCUACAGGCCCCGCCGCGGUCUGCAUUCGGCGAUGAGUAGAAGUUGAUAUGUCCAGUUGGA